AUGGUUUGCGCGCAGCACAGCGCGGCUGCGGCCGCCGCUGCGCCGAUCGCUGCCCGGUCGCGCGUCGUCACGCGAGCGCUCGACCCCGCGUGCACGACCAGGCGCCAGUUCGGGCUCGCCGCGGGCGCCGCGGUGCUGUUCUCCUCCGCUGGCUGCCCGCCCCGGUCGAGCGCGGUGACGCUGGAGGAGGCCACUCGCGAGCCCGUGCCCGCGGCGCCGCUGUCGCAGUCGGAGCGCGCGCUGAUCGACGUGUUCGAGCGCUGCAACAACUCCAUCGUCAACAUCAUCGACGUGACGCUCCAGGGCCGCGCCGCGCCGCAGCAGGCGGUCGAGGUCGCGGAGGGCAACGGCACGGGCUGCAUCUGGGACCAGGAGGGGCACGUCGUCACCAACUACCACGUGCUCGCGAGCGUCCUGAACGGCCUCGGGCCGAACGCGCGGGCGCGCGGGCGCGUCAAGGUCGCGACGGUGACCGUCCUCGGCACGGACGGCAUCUCGCAGGCCUUCGACGCGUAUCUGACGGGGUACGACAAGAGCAAGGACCUGGCCGUGGUGCAGAUCGACGCGCCGCGGUCGCUGCUGCGGCCCGUGGAGCUCGGGGACUCGGGCGCGGUGCGCGUCGGGCAGCAGGUGCUGGCGCUCGGGAACCCGUACGGGUUCGACCACACGCUGACCACGGGGAUUGUGUCGGGGCUGAACCGCGACAUCGUGUCGGCGGGGACGACGAUCGGGGGCGGGAUCCAGGUGGACGCGGCGAUCAAUCCGGGGAACUCCGGCGGCGCGCUGCUGGACCGCGCGGGCCGCAUGGUGGGCGUGAACACGGCCAUCUUCAGCAACACCGGCACCUCCGUCGGAAUCGGAUUCGCCAUCCCGAUCGACCAGGUGAAGCGGGUGGUGCCGCAGCUGAUCGAGUUCGGGACGGUGCAGCGGCCGGUCGUGGGCAUCCAGGCCGCGCCGGAGGGCACGUUCGUGGCGCUGGGCGGCAAGGCCGGGAGCGGGGUCAUGGUGCAGGCGGUGCAGGGGGGGAGUCCCGCUGACAAGGCCGGCAUCCGCGGCAUCGCGCGCGGCCUCGGGGGCGUCACGGCGGGCGACGUCCUGCAGGGCAUCACGUGCGCCGCGGGCACGUUCCCGAUCAAGAACGAGGCGGCCUUGAAUCGCGCCGUUGACAGCCUGGCCAAGGGGGAGCGCGUGGAGGUGUCGCUGCUGCGGGACGGCAAGCCGAUGACGGUGGCGGUGCAGCUGUGA